CUCCCAACUCCUGAAAUCAUUCUUGGAUUCUCGAAACUUUUCGAAGAUUUUCAACAGAAAAAGACCGAUUCUCGCUCGGUCCCUGAUGGCGGAAAUACUUGCUUCGUUGAGGUCUUUAAUGACCUCUCACUCUCCUCCUCUCGAUGCCUUAAUCGUCCCUUCUGAAGAUUAUCAUCAAAGCGAAUACGUGUCUGAUCGGGAUAAAAGGCGCGAGUUCGUUUCUGGGUUCACCGGAAGUGCAGGUUUGGCACUUAUUACAAAAACUAAAGCAAGGCUAUGGACGGACGGUCGAUAUUUCUCGCAAGCGAUGCAGCAACUUAGUGAUGAUUGGAAACUGAUGCGUAUGGGAGAAGAUCCUCCGGUUGAUGCUUGGAUGUCUGAUAAUUUGCCGGAGGAGGCAGCUAUUGGGGUUGAUCCUUGGUGUGUAUCAGUGGAUACAGCUCACAGAUGGGAACGAGCUUUUGAGAAAAAACAGCAGAAAUUAGUCCAAACCUCUAGCAAUUUGGUUGAUGAGGUGUGGAAAAACCGGCCACCCGCUGAAAUUAAUCCAGUUAUUGUUCAUCCCUUGGAAUUUGCCGGCCGCUCUGUUGCUGAAAAGUUGAAAGACUCGAGGGAAAAGCUCGCUAAUGAAAAGGCUCGUGGACUUAUCAUCACAGCUUUAGAUGAGGUUGCUUGGUUGUACAAUAUCCGUGGGAGCGAUGUCUCUUAUUGUCCAGUUGUUCAUGCAUUUGCUAUUGUAACAUCAAAGUCGGCUUUGUUUUAUGUGGACAAAAGGAAAGUUUCCUCUAAGGUAAGCUCCUCCAUGCAAGAGAACGGAAUUGAAGUUAGGGAGUAUGGUGAAGUGAGCUCAGAUGUUGCAUUGCUAGCAUCUAAUCAGCUUGAUAAGGACACAGGAUUAGGAUCUGGUCAAAAUGGUGUUUGUGAAAAUGAAAAAUGUGAAGCAGAAGAGAACUCUAAUGACCUUACGUGGGUUGAUCCUGCUUCAUGCUGCUAUGCUAUAUUUUCGAAACUAAAUGCUAAGAAGGUGCUCCUGCAGCAAUCACCUUUGGCCCUUGCUAAAGCCUUAAAGAAUCCAGUUGAGUUGGAUGGAUUAAAGAAUGCACAUAUCCGGGAUGGUGCAGCUGUUGUGCAGUAUCUUGUCUGGUUAGAUAAGCAGAUGCAAGAGAUUUAUGGGGCUUCUGGCUACUUCUUGGAGGGGAAGGGAGCAGGCAAAAAGAGAUCAGACAUUGUGAAAUUGACAGAGGUGACAGUUAGUGAUAAGCUGGAGGGAUUUCGUGCAUCAAAAGAGAACUUUAGAGGCCUAAGUUUCCCUACUAUUUCUUCUGUUGGUCCAAAUGCGGCUAUAAUCCAUUACGUACCUGAGGCUGAAACAUGUGCUGAGCUUGAUCCAGAUAGUAUUUAUCUAUUUGAUUCAGGAGCGCAGUAUCUAGAUGGAACAACUGAUAUAACUCGGACAGUUCAUUUUGGAAAGCCUUCAGCACAUGAAAAGACUUGUUAUACCUCUGUUCUCAAGGGUCAUAUUGCUCUGGGAAAUGUUCGGUUUCCUAGUGGAACAAAUGGUCCUACACUUGAUAUUCUGGCUCGAAUCCCUUUGUGGAAGUAUGGUCUUGAUUAUCGACAUGGUACUGGCCAUGGAGUUGGAUCUUACCUCUACGUUCAUGAAGGACCACAUCUAAUUACUAUGAGACAACAGGCUCGUAAUGUGCCACUUCAAGUUUCUAUGACAGUAACAGAUGAGCCUGGAUAUUAUGAAGACGGGAGCUUUGGUAUAAGAUUAGAGAAUGUGCUCGUAAUCAAGGAGGCUGAUACCGAAUUCAAUUUUGGUGAUAAGGGAUACUUGUCAUUUGAGCAUAUCACAUGGGCACCAUAUCAGAUAAAGUUGAUCGACCUUAGCCUCUUGACACCGGAGGAGGUUGAAUGGUUGAAUGCCUACCAUUCAAAAUGCAGGGAAAUUCUUGCACCAUACAUGGACAAAUAUGAGCUGGAUUGGCUGAAGAAAGCCACUGAACCUGUAAGUGCAUGAUACGUAUUUUGGAGCAAGACCUUUCUGUUCUUUCUCUGCUUUUCUCUUUCUAUAUCGGAAACGAAUACGCAACUUGUUAUUCUGAAUGAUCUGCAUUUGGUAAUUUAUUAU